CUGGAUGCUUUCUUGUCCGUAAUAUUCCCUUUACCCCCUUCACCUGCAGUAAGGAUUCAAGAUGACUAACACCAGGGGUAAGAGGAGGGGGACGAGGUACAUGUUCGCAAGGCCCUUCCGCAAACAUGGUCCUGUUCCCCUCUCUACCUACUUCCGCAUCUACAAGAAAGGGGAUAUUGUUGACAUCAAGGGUACAGGUACCAUUCAAAAGGGCAUGCCCCAUAAAUGUUACCAUGGCAAGACUGGAAGGGUAUAUAAUGUUACACAGCAUGCUGUAGGCAUUAUUAUCAACAAGCAAGUCAAGGGCAAGAUCCUUGCCAAGAGAAUCAACGUGCGCAUUGAGCAUAUCAAGCAUUCAAAGAGCAGAGACAGCUUCUUGCAGCGUGUCAAAGCAAAUGAGCAGAAAAAGAUUGAGGCCAAGGAGAAGGGGACCUGGUUUGAACUGAAGCGUAAGCCUGAGGAGCCUAGAAAAGCACACUUCGUACGAACCAAGGCAAACAAACCACAAUUGCUGGAACCAAUUCCAUACGAAUUCAUGGCAUAAUUUUUGUGUACAACAUCAAAUUAAAAGUAUUCUGCAGUACUUGUA